CCCCUUCCUCCUUUCUUUGGCCAGACUUCUCUUUAGAGGUGCACGCGUGCUGCUUCCAAGUCCCAACCCAUCCUACCCUUGCGAUGCUCCCCAUUCUCUUCCUUUGCCUCCUCAGCUUCCCUCCCUCCCUCCAUGCUUCCGAUCCUCCUCCAAGAGGUUACCGCAUAAACUGCGGGUCGCAGGAUGAGGACACCGUUGGAAGCAUCAAAUGGAUCGCCGAUGAUGGUUUCGUCGAAGCAGGGAACAUAUCCAAGCUCAACAUUCCAAAUAUGAUGCCUGUACUUUCGUCUCUCCGGUACUUCCCCGACAAAUCAGCUCGGAAAUACUGUUAUCUGAUCCCCGUGGCCAAAGGAACCAAGUAUUUGAUCCGAACCACAUACUUCUAUGGAGGUUUCGAUGGAGGUAAUGAGCCCCCAGUGUUUGAUCAGAUAGUUGGAGGAAUGAAAUGGAGCACGGUGAACACCACAGAGAACUAUGCCAAGGGCCUGGCCUCGUACUAUGAGAUCAUCAUGGUGGCAACCAGGAAGACAAUGAGCAUUUGCUUGGCGAGGAAUGAGCACACUGUUUCAAGCCCAUUUAUAUCUGCUCUUGAGGUGGAGUUCUUGGAGGAUUCUAUAUACAACUCAACUGAUUUCAAAACUUACGCACUGAGUACUGUUGCCCGCCAUCGCUUUGGUUACGAUGGCCCGAUAGCAGGCUAUCCAGAUGACCCAUUCAACCGGUUUUGGGAGGCUUUCAAGGACACCAACCCUGCAGUGGAGAGCCAUUGGAGCAUAGCAUCAUCCCAUUUCUGGAAUUUCCCACCACAGACGGCAUUCCAGACUGCUCUUACAACCAGCAGAGGGAAGAAGCUUAUAGUCAAGUGGCCUGCAAUGGCACUUCCUGCUGCAAACUACUAUUUGGCUCUCUACUUUCAGGACAACCGAAGCCCGAGUGCAUUUAGCUGGAGAGUGUUCGACGUUUCAGUGAAUGAGAAGACCUUCUAUUCAGGCCUCAACGUUUCGACGGCAGGCGCCGUGGUCCACGGGACGAAGUGGCCACUCUCCGGGCAGACACAGAUCACAUUGACCCCUGAUGUGAGUUCCUCUGUUGGGCCGGUGAUCAAUGCUGGGGAGCUCCUGAUGAUGGUCCCUCUUAAGGGGAGGACGCUCGGUAGAGAUGUGCUUGCAAUGGAGGCAAUUGCAAGAAGCUUCAACAACCCACCCUCGGAUUGGAGUGGAGAUCCUUGCUCACCCCCAGAGAAUUCUUGGACUGGUGUGACAUGCUCCCAAGGGAAACGCGCCAGAGUAACCGCACUGAACCUUACAAACUUCGGCCUUACGGGAUCGUUGCCUAACAGCAUAGCCAAAUUAUCAGCAAUCACUAGCAUUUGGCUUGGUGGGAACAAACUUUCCGGUCCCAUUCCAGAUAUGGGCUCCCUCAAACGUCUGGUUUCUUUGCAUUUGGAGAAUAACCAGCUUACUGGAUCUAUCCCUUCAUCAUUAGGAAACCUUGGAAAACUUCGAGAGAUAUUUCUCCAAAACAACAAUCUUGAAGGCCAAAUUCCUGACAGUCUAAAAAGGAGAAGUGGAAUUAAUAUUCAGAUUUCACCUGGAAAUCAAAUUCACUGAGGUGCAGUGUAUUAAAGCAAGAUAGGAAGGAACCACGUAUGCAUACCAAACUGCUUUCAAACUCCAGUGACAUGUCUCUUGAGUUCAUUUCAAGGACAGAAAGGGCUGUGGAACGCCUUGACGGAAUUCAUGUUUAAGAGCAGCUCUUAUAGCUUAUUUGUGCUUGUUAUAAGAAGCGAAGGCAUUUACAGUAAUAUCAUAUUAUGUGCCCAAAAUUCAUACUCUGAUGAUUUUGAUAAUGUAAAUGGUUUUUGCUGGAGUUUUUUUUUUGGUUCUGCGACAUCUGUCUGUCAUAUCAAAAAAAAAAGUGAGACUAUGAAUUGGAUAGCAGAAAAUAUUUGAUUGCAGUAGUUGAUCACUGUUUGAACAAAUGAGGUUUUAUUUAAUGUCAA